AUGGCUCACAGAUUGUUGGUAAAUGUAAUAUUCACCGGUGCAUCGGUAUUUGGAAGAGCAUUCACGGAAGCAUACAAACAAGCCGCUAAAGCUUCGGCUGCCGGGGCCGCAGCAGGAGGACCAGCUAAAGCAGCUUCCCAAGGAGGUAUAUCCACCGAGGAAGCGAUGAAGAUUUUGAAUCUAGAGAAAAAUGAGGUCUCAUUGGAUAAGAUAGAGGAAAAGUACAAUUACUUGUUUGAUGUCAACGCUAAAGAGAAGGGUAACUCAUUCUACCUCCAGAGUAAGGUGUACUAUGCGAUGGAUACAUUGAAGAAGGAGCUAGAGUAUUUAGAAAAGUUGAAGGAGAGCAAGAAUGGAGCGGCGUCAGGUUGA